GAACUUAUUGAUGUGAUGAGCUAAUGAUUGACGACGACAGAAGAGAUAAUCAGGUCGUCGGCUGAAUAGAGAAGAACUGUUUCUGUGUGUGCGGCACAGAUGUUGGUCUUUAUUUUUAACAUUUCUGUGAAAACACUUGAUCGAAGCUGAAGUCGAUCAUGAGAUCAGUCGGAGUUUCUCUUCUCUGGCUGUUUCUUCUCGUCAUCAAAUCUGAAAUUAUAGAGCAGAUCCAAAAGAGACCUCAGCUCCCUAUCCCAACGACCCCUGAGAUCACCAGCACCCCCCCGCCGCCCCCGAUCCCAACCCCAGCCCCGACAGCUGCUGAGGAGAAAGAAGACGAGUUCCUGGGUUCACCUGAGUGUCUUGAGAAGAAGUUGACUCGUGCAUCAUGUGACCUGGUGUUCUGUCCUCCGUGGGAGCGUUGCAUCGAAGGACAGUGCUCCUGUAAACCUGCGUAUCUGUGUCCCACUGACGACGUUGAGCCGGUUUGUGGUCGAGACCACAGGACGUACCGCUCCUACUGCCAGGUGAUGGCGGUCUCUUGUCGGACUAAGAAACCUACCAUGUCUUACUUUGGUGACAAAUGUGCAGAGAAUAUUCUGGAGAUCGGGACUGUGAUCGAUUCUGAGACCGGAGUCGUCAGCGUCUCGGUUCCUGACAAGAGCCAAACAGGUGUUGAGAAGCACCUGGUCUGUCGGGGGCUGUGGGACAUGGCGGCAGCUAACGUGGCCUGCAAAGAACAUGGGAAUCCACUGGGCGCGGCGGUCGCUGGCUCCGUCCGUUACUCCAACCUGACGACGGAGCAUCCAGGCAAACAGUUCCCCCCCACCUGUGUCAGCAUCCGGUGCCAAGGUUACGAGAAAUCCCUGUCCGAGUGUGUCAUCUACGACAAGAUGGCGAUCGGGGGGAGGCGGGUCGCCACGGCAACGUGUUAUAACCCGUCACAGGCCCUGACAGAAGACUGCGGCUUCACGUGUGCAAACAGCAAGUGUGUGCUUCUGAGCCAGACAUGUGAUGGAGUGGAUGACUGUGGCGACCGUAGUGAUGAAAUGUGCUGCAAAGGUUGCAGGAGAGGUGGUCUGCUGUGUAAGACGGGUGUGUGUCUUCAUAAAGAUUCUGUCCAUGAUGGACACGUCGACUGUCUGGACGGUGAAGACGAAUCGCCCAAACACAACAGAUCAAGCAAGCCAGGACUCAGCAACUCAGAUUUGAUCUCUCCUCAUGAUGAGAUCAAAGCCAGCCGAUUUCAGCUGGAGUCCAAGUUACAGUGUGGGAUUCCCAAUGCGACCACGGUGGACGACGAGGAGGUGGAGGAGCGAAGGCGGGGCCACCGCGUCAAGAGGGUGGUGGGAGGAGUCCCGGCAAGACCGACUCAGAUCCAGUGGCAGAUCGCUCUGGAGGAUAACAGGAAGAUCUACUGUGGUGGAGCGUAUAUCGGGGACUGCUGGGUAAUCACCGCUGCUCACUGCGUCAGACCCAACCCGCUGGCGUUCAACGUCAAGUUUUCUCUCUGGAAGAAAACGAAAGCUCAGGACACAACGGACAUUGUUCCUGUUGAGGACAUUCGCAUCCACCCCAGGUACGACGCCGGAACAUACGAGAACGACAUUGCUCUUGUGAAGCUGAAGAAGCUUCCAUACGGGGACAGAUGUUUCGUGGAGAAUCCGGCCAUCAGCGCCGUCUGCGUUCCCUGGUCCAUGCAGCUCUUCCAGCCCAACCACACCUGCAGCAUCUCGGGAUGGGGACGAACCAAAGAUGGUCGAUCCGCCCGGGUGUUGCUCUGGGCCAACGUGUCGCUCAUCGCCGACUGUCAGAGAUUCUACAGAGCUCGAUUCAAGCCAGGAAUGAUGUGUGCAGGUGACCUGGACGGCAGCGUGGACUCCUGUCAGGGCGACAGUGGCGGUCCUCUGGUCUGUGAAGAUGAACUGGGCGUCUCUUACCUGUGGGGCAUCGUCAGCUGGGGGGACAAGUGUGGUCACGCUGGAUUCCCUGGAGUUUAUACACAAGUCGCUCAUUACUUUGAAUGGAUCAGAAGCAACACAGGUUGGCCGACAGUCACCAGGUUUAACUCCUGAUGACGAGGACCCCCCCCCCCCCCCCCCCCGCCCACACACACACAUUGCUUUUCUUUCUGAUUGUGAUUAAAACUUGAAAUGUUCAAAGUGAUUUCAUCACAUUCCCAAAAUUGUCAAACACAAUAAGACAUAAUAAAAGUUUAUUCUUAAGGAAUGUACUGGGGGGGGUUAAAUACUUGCAUUGUGUCAAAUUAAAUACCUGUAAUAUUUAAAAUAAUACAAAAUAAUAAUUAAUUUGGUGUUGUUGUAGUUUUUCUUGUGGAUAAGUGUGCAGUGUCACUCGUUCCCUUAUCUCACAACCGUGGACACACAAACGCACAUUGAUUAAUUUUGUUGAUCUUGUGUGUUCUCCAGUGACCUGAACCAACAACAACACAGAACUUCACAGAAUAAAAGCGUUAUUUAUUUAA